AUGAGAUUGGUCAAGUGUUGGUUUUGCUCUUCCACUAUAUAUCCUGGACAUGGUAUUCAGUUUGUCCGCAACGAUGCAAAGAUUUUCCGGUUCUGUAGGUCGAAAUGCCACAAGAACUUUAAGAUGAAGAGGAACCCGCGUAAAGUAAAAUGGACUAAAGCAUUCAGAGCUGCACACGGGAAGGACAUGACUCAGGAUAAAACGUUUGAGUUUGAGAAGAAGAGAAACAGACCCGAGAGAUACGACAGGAACGUAACAGAGAAUACCCUCAUGGCCAUUAAGAAGAUUGAUAAGAUCAGAAGCGAAAGAAGUGCCAAACAUAUCGAAAAGAGGUUGAAGACAAACAAACCGAAGAUUCACAUAGAGGCAACGAAGGAGUUAAAGAAUGACAUUACAUUGAUCAAGGCACCACAAGCUCUCCUACAAGAUCCAAAGAAGAAGAUCAAAGUUGAUGUUUCCAAAAGCAAGUCUGUGCAAAACGAAGCCAUGGAAGAGUGA